AGCCGUCGGAAUACUCGGAAACUCGCCCCCAGCGCACCCAACGUCACCAGGAACCGCCAUGGACCCGACGCCAGCCGUGUCCGCGCUAGCCCUCUUCUCGCUUGCCGGCCAAAACGUGCUCAUCACAGGCGCUACCCGCGGUAUCGGUGCUGCAUGUGCCAUCGCCCUCGCAGAGGCAGGUGCCAACAUCUGUCUCGUCAGGCGCCCCGCCGCCCCCGGUGUCGCGCAGACCAACGAUGACACCACCACCGCUAUUGCUGCCCUCGGCCGCACCGUAAAGACUGUCGAGUGCGACCUCGCAAAUCUUGGCGCCGUCAAGGGCCUCUUCCAGCAGGCGCUCGACGCCAUGGGCGGCGAGAUCCAUGUCCUCGUCAACUGCGCGGGCAUCCAGCGGAGAUCCCCGGCCGUGCAAUUCCCCGAGAACGACUGGGAUGAUGUGCUGAACGUGAACCUCAAGUCCGUCUGGCUCCUCUCGCAGGCCGCGGGGCAGCACAUGGUGCCGCUCCGCCGCGGCAAGAUCAUCAACUUCUGCUCGCUGCUCACCUUCCAGGGCGGUUUCACCGUGCCUGCGUAUGCGGCUGCCAAGGGCGCACUCGGGCAGCUCACGAAGGCCCUCAGCAACGAGUGGAGCGCACACAACGUCCAGGUCAACGGGAUCUGCCCCGGGUACAUCGCCACCGACAUGAACGAGAAGCUGCUGGCCGACCCGGUGCGCCUGCGCCAGAUCUCGGAGCGCAUCCCGGCGGGGCGGUGGGGCCAGCCGCGGGACUUUGCCGGGCCCGUCGUGUUCCUCGCGAGCGCGGCGAGCCAGUACGUGUGCGGCGAGCUCGUCGUCGUCGAUGGAGGAUGGAUGGGGCGGUGAGCCCUGGCCCGCACCGCGCUACGGAGAAUGGUUAGAGCGCGUCGGAGCUUAGUUCGCGCUGGAACUGCCGAGGAAAAAACGAGCGUCGGAGGAAGUAAAGGAAAGCGUCAGCAGCAUCAUGCCGUGUACCAACAAACAAAUGUAUCCCUUGUCCCCAUGCGCCGUAUCGCAAUUACCACUUGAAUGGUGUCGCAUGCCCGUGGUGCACACAUGCCCUUGCC